CAUUAGGCGCGUACCUUGGCGUGCUUAGCGUCUCGUCAGGGACUUCAGCAGGCCUUAAACAGGGCUGGAACAGCUUCGACCGUCACUGCCCAUCAGGGCUCUCUCGACGUCCUGACGCUCGAUUAUUACGUCGCCCAGCGCCCAAUUACCGACCUCCUGACUUUCUCUGGUUCCCAGAUCAUGAAAUAGCACAAUUUCAGAAAUCAUCGCCUAUUUUGACCGCCUGAUUUUGCACAAUCACUCAGCUUUGAUCAUUUAACCUCGUUGUCCAGGAUCCAUCAUGGAGAAACUGAAGGGCACCAAAACCACCUCUUUGGUGCCCAAAAAGUUUCGAAGUGUACGUGAAAAAAAUGACCUUCAUCGGAGGAACAAAUCUACAGAGCCAGGCCCAAAAAGCCGACCCCUGAGUGACAUGGCAUGGCUUUCCAUAUUCAGGCCCGAGUCCGUCAAGCAGGCACUACGAGAAAAAGGAGAGGUAGAAAAGGAGGCUUCAAAGAUUGCCGAAAUCACCAGGCAGUUAGAAGAGCUUAACUACACCGAAAUCUCAGAACAAGUAGUCCGAUUCUCACUCAACUCUAAAUUUGCCAACGGCGAUAUCGACAAAGCGAUUGAACUUAUCCGACUCCAGCAAAAAGCCUUUGCUGGGAUCAUACAACCAUACAACCCCAAAAUUAGCAUGCAAGGCGCAGAAAACCGGGGGAACGUCACCUGCUACCUCGAUGCCUUGUUGUUUGCCAUGUUUGCCAAGCUUUCAGCCUUUGAAUGCAUGUUGAAGAACGAUCCGGCAGAUGAGAACCAUGGGAGGCUAGCAGCACUACUUAGGUUAUGGGUCAACAUGCUCAGGAGUGGGAUGUUGAUACACACAGAUAUGACCCAGCUCAUCCAAGAAUCCUUGGCGGCCUGUGGAUGGGAGGAGGCCCAGGAACUCGAACAACAAGACACAUCAGAGGCAUUCGCCUUCAUCACUGAGACCUUGCAAUUGCCGCUCCUAGCUCUCCAAGUCGAUCUCUUUCACCAAGGUAAAAAGGACGAAGACGAUCACAAAGUUGUCCACGAGCGACUACUCAACCUCGCCGUUCCCCCGGAUCCUGAUGGGAAGGGUAUCAAGUUGGAAGACUGCCUUGAAGAAUAUUUUAACAACAAAGUCGACGUUUUCCGAGAUAGCGUGGAGGAAAAGAAGGGGGAUGACGAAAGGGGCCCUCUCCCACGCGAAACUGAACGGCUCUUAAGCGAGGAUGAAGAUGGUCAAGCGAGCGACCAAGGCGACAAUAGCCCAAAUCUGCAGCGAAGAUGGACAUCACAGGAUUCGACGACACGCACUCCGGUCUCAAUGCUUGAUAUCACUUCGGCAAGACCCGAGCUACCAGCCGCGCCUCGACACCGCUCUACUAGUAUUAUACAGCGCAUCGUGGUGGAGGACAGAAAGCCCCCACUGGAUGCAGAGAACAAAACUCUGCUCCAGAAGGCCAAAAGGACAAGCUCGACUGUAGUCAAGGCCGUGACAAUACCUGCCUGGCAGUUCUUCAGGUUAAUUCCAUGGCAUGCAACUGCUGCUUCUAAUGGUGAACCAAGCAACGAUGUCGAGGUUGCACGGCAUUUUAACCAACGACCGGUGGUCGGCAUUUGCUUGAAACGGUAUACCAUGACAGAAACCGGCUUUCCGAUUCGACAGAAUACUCUCAUCGAUAUCCCUGACUCCAUGCGGCUGCCGCACUUCAUGAUGCCAGACGAUGAUGAAAAGCAGUCCAAUGGGUUAAGUCAAGAGUACAAACUCGUGCUUCAAUCGGUUGUCUGCCACCGCGGCGACUCUCUUCACAGCGGGCACUAUGUUGCAUUUGCUCGUGUGGCACCGAAACUUCUCACAGACAAUCGCCGUUAUGAACAUGACCCGCCGCCGGAUUACGAGGAGGCACAAUGGGUCAAGUUCGACGAUUUGGAUUUGGACAACCGAGUGUCCUAUGUCGACGAUAUUAGAGACUCUCUCAGACAAGAGAUGCCCUACUUGCUGUUUUACCAGAUCGUCCCGAUGGUGGACGUCACCACAGCCUCUACUGAUGGGUCUGUUGGCGAGCCACCCUCCUACAACGAAUCGACCACCGUGGUUACCGGUGUACCAGGGACGCCAAGAAGCAUGGAACCCCUUCCGGAGCGGCCAGGCGGGAUGUCAAGGUCGAUUAGUGGUUACUUUGACUCCGCGUCAACCCUCGUACACAACGGUGGCGGUCCCAACAUUCGCUUUAGUACAGAGCUUGAACGGCCCGCGCGUCUCAGUCUUGACGAUGAUCCAUAUGGAACAGGAAGCGCAGGGCGUUUGCGGGCAGGUAGAUCCAGACGCGGCAGUCUUGCCAUUUCCGAUACCACGACAACAACAGCCAUCACUCCUAGUGAUGUGGGCGCACCAUCAAUCCAACCUUCUACACCACCGGAAGAGAGUACCUCAACGAGACUUGGACGGGCAGCAGCGAAGUUCAAGAGCAAAUCCCGACCCACCAGCCAGGCUGGCGAAACCCGCAUUAGUCUUACCAUCUCGCGAUGGGGCCUGACGCGGCCCAGUAGGGACGCGCUCAACAAGGAUGCCAACAGCGGCGCUGGUAACUCAUCGGAAGGGGGCAGUGAUGAGCAGCAACAGGAGGUCAAGGAGGUUGAGGAUGUGAGUGAUAAGGACCAGAAGGAGAAGAGCAAGGAUAAGGAAGGCCAUCACCACCUACACCACUAUCGGAAGUCUAAGAAGGACAAGGGUAGGGAUAAGGAUGAUACGAAGGAGAAGAGCAAGGAUAAGGAGGGCAAGAAGGAGAAGGGAGAUAAGUUGGGUAAGAGUAAGGAGACAGGGAAGGAUGGCGUCCCUGAUCGGGAGUGCGCUGUCAUGUAAGGACUUUCCAGCACUCGGGUUUAAUGCUUUCUUUGUCUUUCUCUGGGCGGGAGGGAAUGGACGGAUAGGAUGGGAAGGUGCAUUCUCCGGGGCUGGCUGGGUUUGGCUGCUUAAAGCAUUUCCGCGUUGGGACUGUCGUCUCUUCGUUACAUCAUGGCAUGGCGUUGGUGUAUCAGCUACG